UAUCUUUUUCGUCUUUCUUUCUUCAACUAUUUAUCCAUAUAUACCCUUUACCGAUUGCCAGCUCCAACUUCAACAGAUCCACCCAAUUCGCAAUAGCUCUUCUCUGCAAGGGCAAUUUCUUCGGAUCGAGUUCUAGCUGAUUUGUUACAAAUUGAAGGCGAGAGAAAGGAAUUAAAUCAUAUAUACAUCAAUGGAUCAUGCAAAAGCUGAGCUGAAACUUGCGGACUCCAAAAAAUGGAAGGCUAUAAAAAGGGCGAAAAAGGCAGACGAUAAAGCUGCUAAAUACGUUGCGCGAGCUGAAAGAAAGGAGAAAGAAGCUGCCGAGGCAAGAGAAUUGGCUCAAAGGUAUGCUGCAGAUGCUAAGAGAACGGGGUCCGAAGCCCAGGCGGCGAGGGUUGCAGCCGACGCCACUUCUAAGCGUGUUGAGGAAUUACUGAACCCAACCGGGGAGCCCGUGGUUCAGCCGGGGUGUUGGCCCAAGAAGAAAAAGGCCUAGUUUUGACAAAAAAGACUAGCUCUAUAGCUCCCUAAUCCCCGUUUGGCAGCCCUCUUUCUUUUUUGGAUUAAUGGUUUGUUUAUUUUUUGUGGGGUCAGUAUGAUAAUUCUUUGUCUGGGUUGUAUUGUUGUAAUUUUUUGCUUUGUGGUUUUAGAUGGGAAAUUAGUGUUAAAAUUUAUUAAGGUGCAGAAAGAAAAAUUUGGGUCUAAA